AUGGAAACACUUCUAACCAAUUUAUCAUCGGAAUAUGAUGAUACAGAUCUUAAUGUAAAUGAUAAUAAUAAUAAUAAUCAUCAUCAUCAAAUAAAUAAUAUUCCACUUGUUGUUGACAAUCCAAUAAUACCAACAACAGAAAUAUUGGUUAGAAAAGAUUCAAUUGUCAUUCCAUCUAUUUCAAAUAGUUCAAUAUCAAGUAUUAUUCGAAUUGAAAAUAAUAAUAAUACAUUAUUACCUGUUUGUACUUCCAAUAGUUUUGGUGAUCUUAGUUCAACUCCAUUACUUUUAUUGGAUAAUCCAUUAUCAGAUUCACCAACACCUGCAAUACCUAAUCAACAAAAUGAACCAAAAUUAACUACAACAACAUUUAUUCAAUGUCGAUCAUUUCCAUCAAGUAGUUCAUCAUCAUCAACAAAAUCUUCAACAUCAAGUCAUUCACAACAGACUCCAAUUGCACAUGAACCUUUAAAAAAUGAACCUGAAGAUGAAUUUAUACCUCCAGUUUCUUUACCAGUGCAAAAAAAAGCACCUGCACCACCGCCACCUCCGCCUCCGCCUCCACCACCUCCGCCAGUAAUAGUACCACCAUCGGUUGGAUCUUUACCAUCAAAACGUACAGUAUCUCAAUCAGCAGGUGAAAGUAUUUAUUAUUCUGAAGAAGAUAAAUAUUCAUCUGGUCAACAUCAAUCUCGUCGAUCAUUAAAUCGACAAAAUCAUCAACGUCAUGGAAGUGCAGAGAUCUUAAGUCGUCAAAUAAAUCAUGAAUAUAUGAAUCGUUCAUCAACAGCAAACUCAUCAUUUUAUCCAUCAGAUAAUUAUCUUCAUAAUCAAAUGAAUUAUUAUGAUUAUGAUCAAAAUAAUUCAUAUGUUCAACAAAUAGUACAUGAACUAAAAGUAACAAAAGAACAAUUAAAUGCAACAAUGAAAAGUAUUAAAACAUUUUGGAGCCCAGAAUUAAAAAAAGAACGUGCUUUAAGAAAAGAUGAAUCAUGUAGAUAUCAAUUAUUAAUUAAUGAACAUCAAAAACGUACUAAACAAGAUACACAUAUACAAACUCUCGAACAUCAAUUAAAACAAAUGCGUGAUGAACUCGAAAAAUCUCGUCAUAAUAAUCAACGUUAUGAAUUAACACCAGUUCCAUCAACAUAUUCCAUUCCAGAACAACAACAACAACAACAACAACAACCGUCCAUUGAUACCAAUGCAAUUUUACAAAAACAAUAUCAGGAUACAAAAGAUAAAUUAGAACAACGUAUUAAUGAUUUACAUGUAAAAGAUAAUGAAUGUGUUACACUUAAAGCUAAAGUUGAUACUUAUGAAAGUAAAGAAAAAGAUUUACAACAUUAUAUUAGUAUACUUAAAGAAUCAAUAUUAAUUAAAGAUCAACAAGUUAAUAUGAUACAAUCAGAGAUAAAUGAUCUUCGUACAAGACUUAAAGAAAAAGAUUCAAUAAUUGAAAAGAAAAAUUCUAAAAUUCAAUCAACACGUAUUGAAAGACAACAACGUGAAUGUGAUUUACAAGAAUCAAAACAACAAUUAGAUAUUCGUGAUAGAAAAAUUAAUGUACUUAAUAGAAAAAUUGAAAAUCUCGAAGAACAAAUACGUGAUAAAUCAACACAAAUAACAUUAGCACGAGCUAAAUUAACAGCUGCAGCAACAACCGCUGCAUCAAUGAAUAUGCAACAACAAACAUCAGUUACGAAUAAUACGAUUGUUACGAAUCUUGAAGCAACAAUUGCUGAAAAAGAACGUUUAAUUGAAAAAUUACGAGAACAAAAACAUACAUUAGAUAUUGAACAUCAAGAAGAAAUUGAACAACUACAAAAAACUUUAAAUGAAACACGAUUAAAACUUGAACAAAAAGAAAAAGAUUAUUAUGAAGGACAAAAUCAUAUUAUUGAAUUAAAAGAACAAAUUAAUAAUGCAAAAUCAUUAUUACAACGUCGUGAAACACAUAUUCAAAGUCUUGAACAACAGAUAACAAAUUUUAAGAAAAUAAAAACUGAUUCAGGUAGUGAUACAAGUAAAUUAGAAUAUGAAAAUCGUACAUUACAAGAUCGUUUAUCAUGUUAUGAACUUGAACGUACAGAAAUGAAACGAGAAAUAGAAUGGAUGCAACAAGAACUUGAACAACAAAAAUCUUCACCAUUAACAAUUACAAAUGAUUCAAAUGAACAAGAACAACAACAACAAUUUGAAUUAGCAAUAAAUAAAAAACAACAACGUAUUGAAGAACUUGAACAAGCUGUACGAGAAAGUUUACAAAUAACAACUGAAAGAGAAUAUGCAAUGACACAACAAAAACGAAAAGUUGAAAAUUUAGAAAAACAGAUAAAAACACUUCAGAAUGAAAUUGAACAUUUACGUACUGAAAAUAAUGAACAAACUCAGAUAACUUCACAAUUACAAAUUGAAUUGAAUGAACGUAAACGUCAAUAUGAACAAAGACUUGAAGAACAGAUAAAACAUCUUGAUGAUGCUUUUAUUUCACAACAAGAAAAAAUCUUAGGUGAAUUAAGUGAAAAAGAUUCUCAUAUAGCCGAUUUAGAAAUGAAUCGUAGUACUGCUGGUGCAUCGAAUCGUGCAAAUACCAUUGAAAAAUUAAAUACAGAAAAACAUCAAUUACAUAAUCAACUUAAAGAACUCACGGAAAUUCGAAUGAAAAUAAUUCAAGGACAUAUGGCAUCUAAACAAGAAUAUGAACAACGAGAAAAAUCAGUACCAUUUUCACCGGUCAAUGUUAAUGGUAAUACUUCUUAA